UUCCUCUCCUUCUUCUUCUCGCGCCUGGAGCGGAACCGGAGCGGCCGCCACGAGGGCGCGUUCCCGUGGCUGUCGCGCUGCGGCCGCGAGCGGAAUUUCCUGCGCUGCGAGGACGUUCCGGUUGUUUUCACCGCGCUGCUCUCGGCUCCGGACGGAGCUCCGCUGCUCAGUUACAGCGGCUGCGGCCUCACGGUGCCGUUCCGGCCCUCCCGGCUGGCGCUGCUGCCGCACAACGGGCGGCUCUACCACCCGGGCCCGGAGCGCGCCGGCGGCGUGGGGCUGGUGAGGUCCGCGCUGGCCCAGGAGUGGAGCUCCGAGUUUGAGUUUGGGGAGGGGAUGGAGCGGCCUCCGACUCAUUUCUGGUGGGGCGGGGAAAGGAUCCGGCUGAGUGCGGAGUGGGUGGGGCUUGUGAGGGGAGUGGGCGGGGCUGAGCCAGGAGUGGGUGGACCGUGUGAGGAGAGUGGGCGGGGCUGA